CGCCGGGGGCGGGUCCAUGAGCACAUCCGGGUCGCGCGCUUGGGUUUCUGGUGACUGGGGAGGCGGAAAGGCAGCGGGGACGACUGGAGGUACCUGACCGGGUCUCUAAGCCUCUUCGGCUCUCAGCGCUCAGCGGCGGAAGGCAAUUUCCCCGCAGCUGGAGAAGAAAAUGGAAAACUACUUUCUUUGACAAGAAAACCCCAAGUGGGAUCAUGAAGAGUCAGACAGAAGGACUGAACAACAAUAACUUUACAGGAUAUCCAUGAAAACCUGAAAUCUGUGGGCAGUUUCAUAGCUGGAUGAUAAGAAAAAUUGAAUUCUUCUUAAGCCAUGGCAUAUCAAUUAUAUAGAAAUACCACUUUGGGAAAUAGCCUUCAGGAAAGCCUAGAUGAGCUUAUACAGUCUCAACAGAUCACCCCCCAGCUUGCCCUUCAAGUCCUACUUCAGUUUGACAAGGCUAUAAAUUCAGCAUUGGCUCAGCGAGUCAGGAACAGAGUCAAUUUCAGGGGCUCUCUAAAUACGUACAGAUUCUGCGAUAAUGUAUGGACUUUUGUAUUGAAUGAUGUUGAAUUCAGAGAGGUGACAGAGCUUAUUAAAGUGGAUAAAGUGAAAAUUGUCGCCUGUGAUGGUAAAAACACUGGCUCCAAUACUGCAGAAUGAAUAGAAAAAUGGAUUGUCUGCCAUUUUCUGUUAAUAUGCAGCACUUGUGAAGAGAAGCAAGGAAGAGACUGUUUAAUUUAUUCUAGCAAUGCAGAUAUACGACUACACUGUGCUAGACUAUCUCUGAGAAUGCUAGUAGAAAGCAUAUUUCUGUAGUGUUUUACAUCACCUUUAUUAUACAGCAUGAAAAAAAUACCUUUUUUAAAUGACAAAUCAAAAGUUGUUGCCUUCUUAUGAACAUUCUUUAAUAAACUUAUUUAAAAACUC